UUUCAGUACUGGCAGUGAAUAUCGGAAUACAGCCGAUAUGUGCCUGCACUUUCUUCAGAAUGUGAGGUUAUAUAGCUUAUUUUCAGGUCAAUAUAAAUGAUAUAGUCAGUUAUAAUGCAAAGCACGUUUCCAGUUAAGUUGUUGGUGCAGAGAAGUUAUCUAGCCUCGUCGAUUAUUGCACGAAUUUUGCCUGUUCGUAACACCCAUACGCAACCGAAGCACAUAUUAAAGAUGAACGAGGCGUUCCUUCGCUAUGAGAAAGACAGUGAUGUGUUCGACAUCUCCUUUCGCUAUGUGGAUGAAGUUGCAAAAGUAGAUCGUCAGUUUAACUUUUCCAGGCAAGCCACAGAGAGCGUCAACAAUUUUCUCAGUAGGAUCAAUACAAAUGUUUGUAAAUAUAUAAACAAUAAGGCAGAGAGGAAGAAAAAGAAGAACACUGCUUGUGAAGUACCUGUACUACCACUCGAUAAUGUAGAUUCUGGGAAGAUAAUGCUUCUUAAGAAUGAUAUCCAGGUGGAUGGCAAUAUAUCCUGCAAGAGCUUACUACAAGAACCGACAGAACUCAAGCUAGUUAUCUUGGAAAAGACAUAUAUAGUGAAACGGAACAUACCUUACAUCUCUAACAUUUCACUGCCUACAAGCAUGCUGGUGGGCUUUCCAACUUAUCCAACUAAAUUUGAAGCACUAUAUACUGACAAGAAGCGAUCGAUAUUCAACUGGUAUAGGAACAAUGCUGUCAACAAUAAACCGGAUUCAUGGGUCCAUGUGAAUGAGGGAUAUCUAUAUAUACCAAAUGUACCAGACAUUGGCUGUAACAUGAAAAUUAGCUGUGUGCCAUGGAAUGAGUCAGACUCUGGUUGUAUCAUUGAAGUGCAAUCGAAGAAUACUGUAGAAGCUGGUCCUGGUUUGUGUCCGUUUGACAUUCGACAUGAAUUCACAAAAAACAGACUAUCGGGCAAAAGUUUCAGAAUAAUGUCUUACAAUAUAUUGGCAGACGCGUACACUGAUUCCGUUUAUUCCAAGGACGUGUUGUUUCCGUACUGUCCGGAGUAUGCAUUGGACAUAGACUACCGAAAGCUAUUGAUACUCAAAGAAAUUGUAGGAUUUAAUAGCGACAUAAUCUGUCUGCAAGAGGUAGACCGUAAAAUAUACGAACAAGACUUGUUACCAUCUCUGUCCAUGCUGUACUAUGAUGGUAUAUACGUGACGAAGAACGUGAUAAGCGAGGGACUCGCUAUGUUCUUCAAUCAUGAGAGAUUCGACAUGUUAAAUGUCGAAUCCAAAGUGAUAAGUCACGAUGUUGAUUCCCCCAAAUUUAAGGAAGUUUGGAGCAAGAUCGAGAAUGACAGAGUGAAGGAGAGAUUUUUAAAUAGGAACACGACCGUUCAGGUAAUGUCGUUACGAUCGAAAGAAAAUCCAUCUAAGAUCCUGGUCGUUGGCAAUACGCAUUUAUACUUUCGACCCGGCGCCUGCCACAUACGUUUGUUACAAGGAUAUUACGCGAUCACGUAUAUAAAUGAAGUAGCGAAGGCGAUACGGGAGGAGAAUCCUGGUUGCGACGUGAGCGUGUUACUCAGCGGAGACUUCAAUAGCGUGCCGGAACGCGGUGUAUAUCGGUUGUUCACCGAGAAUUACAUUCCGGAGAAUUGCGAAGACUGGAGAAGUAACGCCGAGGAAGAGGUGGCGAACGUAUCCUUGACGCAGGAUCUUCGGAUGUCCAGCGCUUGCGGCACGCCGGAAUACACAAACUACACACCGAACUUUUCCGCUUGUCUAGACUACAUAUUUUAUGAGAGAGACAAGUUCGAGGUGGAGCAGGUGAUUCCAAUGCCCAGCAAAGAGGAAAUCACUCUUCACACGGGUUUGCCGUCCAUAGUAUUUCCCAGCGAUCACAUCUCCUUGUGCGCUGAUUUAAAAUUUAAGGAAUAAUAUCGGGGAAUCAUCAAAUGAGGACUAAUUGACUCUGAUUGUACCAGUUGCGUCAUAUUCUGAUUUGGAUUUCUAUUGCGUUUCAAUGUGAAAAUAUGACACUUCUACCGAAAGCCAUUAUCCUUACGCAAUACUGAUUGGUAGAUAUCAAGCUUAUGUGAAGAUGGAAUCUGGAAGAGAAAAUUUUAUUGUGUAUAAUUAAAAAAUAUCGACUCAAUUGGCAGACCAUUAAAAGUGAUAUCAGAGCCCUGUUUUAGGAUGAGAAGAGAUUCACGAGGAGUGUGGUGUUAUUGAUCCAGGGAAGCAUACGACUUCACAAACACACAUGCGAGACACAUCACAUUAAUCUGAUUUAUAGUGAUUUAUAGUGAUCAAAGUAUACAUUCAUGUUUCAGUAAUACGAAGAUACAGUAAAGUAACAUUACUUACGUUUA